AUGUCGUACCCUCCACCUCCAGGUAUCGGCAACCUCCCCGCACGACCUCCGGCGACGACCUCGUCUGCGCCAGGCUUCAACAGUAGCAAACCAUCGGGCUUCAAGCCAGCCUUUUCGGCAUCGGCCUCCCCGUCUCCCUCGCCCUACGCCGCCGCCGCAACCACUCACGGACCUUUUGCGCCACCGACUUCCUACCGCCCUCAGCAGCAGCAGCAGCAGCAGCAGCAGCAAUAUGGCAGCCAAUAUCCCCCGUACAAUGCGCAGCGCAGCUACACGCCCCAGCAGAACUACGGUCCGCAGAGCUACGGUCCGCAAAGCUACGGUCCACGACAACCUCCUCCCAGCUAUGGAAGCGGCGGCGGCAUAGGUCCAACAGCGGCAGCACCAGCGAUACACAACCCCUUCCCCGCCGCAGCCGGCACAGGAAGCGAUUUCGACCCGGAGAUGGCGGCGCAGAUCGCCCAUUGGCAGAGCGCGUACGGGCCCCGGACAGGCACGGAAGAGGAGAACGCGGCGGCUCACGCGGCGGCCCAGCAGGCUCAGGACCAGGCCCAGGCUCAGGCGGACGCGCAGGCCGUCCUCGACGAUCCGAACCGUAAGAAGAAGACGGCCGUCCGCGAGGGCGGCGGCAAGAAGUGGACCGACGACACCCUGCUCGAGUGGGAUCCCUCCCACCUCCGCCUCUUCGUCGGCAACCUUGCCGGCGAGACCACCGAUGACUCCCUCCUCAAGGCCUUCGCCAGGUGGACCUCUGUCCAGAAGGCCCGCGUCAUCAGGGACAAGCGCACUAACAAGUCCAAGGGCUACGGAUUUGUCAGCUUCAGCAGCGCCGACGACUUCUUCGCCGCCGCCAGGGACAUGAAUGGCAAGUACAUCCAGAGUCACCCCGUCGUCGUCCGCAAGGCAAACACCGAGAUCAAGGUCACAAAUGUCAAGGAUAAGAAUAAGAGGAACAAUGGCAGGAACAACAACAACAAUAAUAAUAAGAGGAGUGGCAAUGGUGCCGGCGGUGGAGGUGCUCAUGGUAAUGGUGCUCAUGGUGCCCACGAUCCUCCUCAACUUGGUCCUCAUUCUCCUGCCGGUGUCACCAAACCUGGUCAACGAACCAAGAAUGGUCUCAAACUCUUGGGUUAA